AGAAAAACGGUAGUUUAUUAUGACAAAAACGAAUCCAGUUUUAUCUUACGUAGGAAAUGAGGUGGACUGUUUACGUCACGUUUAACUACUGACCUUUAAAAGGACGUAUUAGAUUUUAAAAUAUAAUAUGGUGGAAUCUAAAAGCUGAUAAGACAAGAUAAUUAUAUAAAUAAAGAGUAUUUGUGAUUGGAGAAGAAUCAUUUAUUGAUCGCUUGGAAACAAACUAAGGAUGAGAAGUGGACCUAUUGUUCUGAUGAUUUCGCUGUGCUUUUUCCUGGCAGGAGCCAGCCGAAUAGAGCAAAUUAUUUUAGGAAAAUAUCCAAAUUUAAAGCCUGUCCCAAAAGGGAUGAUUCGAUGUAAGCCGACAGCUUGCUGCCCUGUGGGAGAAUCCAGGUGUUGCUAUGGAGGAGACUGGUGCUGCUUGAACAGGCUAACAAUAAGAGUUAUAGCUCAUUUUUGUUAAAACUUACCUUCCAACUGCCACCACCCGAAGAUGAGGAUGAAACAUACUUUGAUUAUAUGUCCAGACUCUCCAUUUUCAUUGGGAGAGAGAGGAAUGAACAAAAAAAAGUGCCAUGAAUUUAUAUUCUGUAUACAUAUUAUGUAAAACCAUGAAUGGGUACCACCGUUUAAGUGUCACUCCACUUUGACGAGUGAACCAAGAUCCCAUGGUCACAUUAAUGGGAUCAAGAAAUUAGUAGAAGAUUGAAGUGCGUUCACAGUAUAACCUCCCUUCAUUUAGAUCGCGUUUUACGUCUUAGGCAAACUCCUUACUGGUAUUUUUCAGUGUAAUUUUUUUUUGUCAU